AGGGGAUGUGUCUAUCGUAUAUCCAGUAUCACUGAAGCAUUUCGUGUGAAAGCCAAAGUAGGAAUAUGUCUCUGAUCGAGCUUGCGGCAAAUUCGCUGAAUCAGGCAUUUUUGGAGGUUACUAAUAAAAUUUCGGAUGCGGGUAAAUUUAACUACGCUACAUUCGUCGCUCAAGCUCGACAAGAACCUGUGAUAUUGGGACUUGUCUUGCUGGUUGCUGCAGUUGUAGUUACAGGAUUAGCAUCUCUUGCCUCGGGAGCGUCGUUCCUGUCCGCUUCUAUUGCGAAUGCGUUCUCUGGAAAGAGAAGAUCUGAUGAUUCAGGAUUCCCUGUUGGUUGGCCGAAUGAGAUCGAGGAUUUUGAUUUUGAUGAGGAUACUGCCGGCCAAGAACGAUUUCAUACCAUUACGACCUCGUACUACAGAGGUGCCAUGGGCAUUAUACUGGUGUACGACAUCACCAGUCCGAAGUCUUUUGACAAUAUUGCCAAGUGGCUACGUUUAAUAGAUGAUCAUGCGAGCGAAGAUGUCGAGAAAAUGAUUCUUGGGAACAAGUGCGACAUGGAAGACAAACGAAUGGUCAGCAGAGAACGUGGAGAAGCAGUUGCGAGAGAGCAUGGUAUUAGGUUUUUGGAAACAUCAGCUAAAGACAAUGUGAACAUCGAGCAAGCGUUCUUGGAAAUCGCGAACGCAAUUCUCACGAAGACGAUUGCUUCAGAGCAGAGUGGGGCUGGUGCUGGCGGCCAAGGAGUCGAUAGAGUCAACGUGGGCUCUGGUUCGAAAAUGUCCGGCGCUGAUCUGAGCUCAAAAACGCAGAACAGAUGUUGUGAGUGUAUUUGUUCGAAAGCCGGGCACAUAUAUGGAAACUCACGAACAAGUAAUAAUGGAUCUUCGGUGCCUUUCCCUGGCGAAAUUCCGUCGAGGCUGUGCUUUAAAUUGGGAAAAUUGUUCCCUGCGUCGGCGAUUGAGGCGGGAGUUAUUUUUCUUGGCUUCUCCCGCUGUGGACGCUUCCUGAUCUCCUACACUCAAUCCAGCGAAUUAAGUGCGGUGCCAUCUGCCCAAGGCCUGAAUUACGUUUAUCAUCUCCAGUGGUGGCUUUUGAAGCCUCCCGCGAAAGCACGAAAAGUUUCCGAAAUUCAGCUGUUCGGAGAAUCGGCCAUAUGUCAUCCGUUGUACGUUUCCGUGAACGAAUGGCCUGGAAUGUCUAAUUUCGUUGUCGUAUUCGGUUACGACAAAAUGGAAGAGAGCAUGAUGCAAAGUGCCACGUGCUACAUUACUGUGACUGCUGUUCCAGCUACUAUCGGCUGUCGGGAUUGUGCCGCGUUGAGAAACAACCUCGGAGAAGACUAUUGGUUGUGUGAUUCUGGGGAUAUUCUCCCUCACGCUUGCUGUUUACGUCAUGGUAUGACGUUGCAUACGUUGUGCUGUGUUGUUCCGCCGUUUCCGAAAUCCAAUCCGCUUCGGCUGUUGCAUCCACUCGAAAGUGAAUCCGGAAAUCGAGGGAAAUUCGUGUUGAGCACCGGGAACUUCAUUCACGUCUUCAAGAUCGAAUUCAUUGAACCUGCUGUUGUUUUGAAAUCUCGUCGUUUGGGGAGCAUAUCAUAUCCCCUAUUUUCUCCUCCUUCAAUGAUUAUGUGCCAUUCGUCAUGUAAUUCUCAAGAUUACGAAGCAUCUUAUUUUUCGAUCAGCGAAGCUGCCUCGGAGUGCACAUCUCUAGCUGAGUCGAAUGCUUCGCAGGAGGAUCGAAUUCUGAUGAUAAAUUCUUCGUCGGCAAUUAAAUCUAGGCUCUCGGGUCAAGACGUAUUUGAAUUUGCGGAUGGAUUUAAGAAUAUACCGCACGCUGUGAAUAGUCAGCAACGGACAGCGAAGUUUUUUGCCCGCGGGCUAGGGAAUCGGGGUCUCGGCAGUGGCACCGAAGAUGCCUACGCUUUUGUAGAUGAAAGCCCGCCUGCGAAUGAAAACCUAAGCUCAUUUCGUAGAAAACGCUUGGCAGAAAAGACGUACGAAUUCUCGGACGAAUUGUUUCCGGACGAGAACACAGAAGCGUCGUUGAGCAUUCCUCCAUGGUCUCGUCGGUUGCGCGAUCCUCAUCGAUUUUCUAACGCGAGGAUCCACGACAAUUCUACUAGCGGCAGUAGCGGAGCAGUUCUCCAGAUUCGCAGUCCUGGGCAUGGGAUUGAAUCUCUGACUGUGUCUAUUAGCCCGAAUUCCCCGUGUGAUCACCCGUUGGCUGUGUUGCGUCAAUUGAAUCACUGUCCCAACAGUAACCUGCUUUUAUCGCCACGCGAACUCCGCGAUCAUCGAGAUGCCACUGAUGCGUUAUUUGGUAGAGGAGGAUUGAGUCCUUCCUCUAAUUCCUCGCUGGAAUUACGCGUUCCGGCUUUUUCCAGAAGCAUUGCUAAAGAAAAAAGAAGAAAGGCGUCAUCUUUUGUUGGUGCCGAUGGCAGGAAACGGAUUAAAGAGGCAGAAAAAUCAGAGAAUCCAUGGGUUGUGAACUUUGAUCGGUAUUAUAUGGAUGCUGACGAUGAGUUGGCCUCUGUGAUGAGUACAGAUCUCGAAGACGAUGAAUUAUGCUCUAGUACCGGUUAUCAUAACGCUUUGCCGCUAGAGGUGCAUGGAGCGGCCUACGUCCAAAUGCAGCCCGUUUCUAGAGUCAAAGUUGGAAGAGUGCUUACCCCAAUAAUCUCAGUUAAACAAGUCAGUAUGGACAUGGAAGAGUUUUGUCACAGGAUGGCCGAGAAAGUGUGCAUGGCUGCUGGCGAGAAGCUGUGGUCUUGUGAAGACUUCGACGUUGCAGUGCUUGCAGAAAGCGGCGACAUGCUCUUGUGCUGUGCUGAAAUGCUUGUGAAAACAAAGAACAAGAUGACGAGGAGUGCUUUAGGAAGCCAAGUUUUCCAAACCGGCUUGACUUUUGACUGGAACCCUUGGACGGGGGCAUGGAACAUUGUGCACAUGAAGCCACUUACUCCGAGAGAAAGAUCAAAUGCCUCUAACAUGAUGGCUGAGAAUUGGCUACCAGCCCAGAAUCGUGUGCGCGAAGUGAACCGACGCUUGAGUGCGUUCCCGGCGAAUCUUCAUGCGCUACCGCGACGCCUCGAUAAUCUGCCCCUAGAGUUGACUGAGAAUUCAUGUGUUGUUCCAGAACGUUCUUUGGAUUGCAUUCGAGAGCCAGAGCUGGGCUUGGAGGUUCGGCUUCGAGCUUUGCCGUACAGACUGGAAGAAGGAAACUUGUCCGAAUCCGAUUCAGAUUUUUUGGAAUUCUCCGAUAGUGAAGGUCGCUGA